GUCACCGCUCCCUAAUGGAAUAAGAGCCCGAUGCUUCUUUCCAUGGCGCGAGUGAAGCUGGUGCGGAUGGGUGUUUCCAGCUAGCUGGGCUGAGGGGCUUUCUGCCCGAUGGCACCGAGGGCAUGUAAUGUUACUGAGAAGCGUUAAAGUGUCAGGAGCAAACGGACCUCUUGCCACCCAUUUCAAGAGCCAGAAGACAGUCCGACAGACCACCCCGCGGGGACUCUCCUUUGGUCCGGCCUUCUCCUGGUGGCCCCGUGAUGUCUCUGUGGUCGUUCCUGGGAGGGAGGAGGAAGUCAGUGCGGUCAGCAGCCCCAUCCGGAAAGGGCUACUUCGGGAGACCCAGCCAGGUCCCCCAGCAGGACUAUCAAGCGCUGCUGGAAACGUGCCUGAAGAACAACUUCCUCUUUGAAGACCAGAACUUCCCGGCUGACCUGAGCUCCAUCGGCGGGGGGUCUCUGUUGAAGAAGCUGCCUCCCCGCUUGCAGUGGAAGAGACCUCAUGAGCUGCACAGUAAUCCCGUGUUUUACUCGGCCAAAGCGAAAAGGCUGGGUCUCUGCCAAGGAGUGAUAGGGGACUGCUGGUUCCUAGCAGCACUGGAAGCUCUGACCUUCCACCAAGAUAUCCUGAGCCGGGUCAUGCCACUGAACCAGAGCUUCACCAAGAAGUACGCUGGCAUCUUCCUCUUCUGGUUCUGGCAUUUUGGAGAGUGGGUUCCUAUCGUGGUAGAUGACCGCCUGCCGGUGAACGAGGCUGGCCAGCUGGUCUUUGUCUCCUCCGUCUACAAAAACUUGUUCUGGGGAGCCCUGUUGGAGAAGGCCUAUGCCAAGCUCUGCGGUUCCUAUGAAGAUCUUCAGUUUGGGCAGGUGGCAGAAGCGCUGGUGGAUUUCACCGGUGGAGUGACAGUGACGCUCAAGCUGGCUGAGGCUCCGGAGAACCUCUGGGACAUCCUGACCCAAGCCUUCUAUGGCAGAUCCCUCCUGGGCUGCCAGACCCACGCGGGGAAAGAGAGGGUGCUGAAAAACGGGCUAGUGGACGGCCACGCCUAUACCCUCACUGGCAUCAGAAAGGUGACUUGUUCGUAUGGACCGGAGUAUCUGGUGAGGCUGAGGAACCCCUGGGGAAAGGUGGAGUGGAAGGGAGACUGGAGUGACAGGUCAGUGAGAUGGGAUCAGUUGAGCACAAAGGAGAAGAUUCUGCUGCUGAGGAAAGAUGAAGAUGGUGAAUUCUGGAUGUCACUGCAGGACUUUAAAACCCAUUUUGUGGAUCUGAUCGUCUGUAAGCUCACGCCGGGACUGAUGAGCCGCGAGGUUGGGAAGAAGUGGAUGUACUCGGGGCAGGUGGGCAGAUGGGUGAAAGGAAGUACUGCUGGAGGCAGGUUGAAAGCCUGCAGAGACGCUUUUUGGAUGAACCCACAGUACCAACUCACUGUCCUGAGAGCAGACGAUGGCAGAAAAUCACGAAAGUCCUACCCUGUGCUCAUCUCCCUGAUUCAGAAACCCCCAAACAGCCACCGAAACAGAAGGCCUCACUUACCUAUUGGCUUCUCUGUCUUCAGGGUUAACACAGAGAGCCACAAGGGCAGUGAACGGCUGCCUCAGGAUUUCUUCCAGAAGAAUUACCCGUUGAACUCCACGGACUUUCUCCCUGAGAGAGAAGUGAGCCAGGACUUCUUGCUGGAGCUGGGUACCUACCUCAUCAUCCCCUGCACAUCAGAGGCACGGCAGGAAUCCGAGUUUCUCCUGAGGGUCUUCUCCAGGAAGCACACCUUGCAGGAAGUCGGCCCCAAUUCAAGUUUUAUCUUCUCUAAGGAAAUUGUUGACAAAUACGAAGGACAAGAAGAAGUCUACAAAGAACUUUUUGAACACUAUCCAGAAAUAAAUGCGGUCCAGCUACAGGCUUUUCUGAAUAGGAUGUCAUGGACAAACCUACCAAGAGCACAGCUGCAGUUCAAUCUGGAUGUCUGCAGGGGAAUCCUGGCAUUGCUGGAUCUGAACACCACAGGGACACUGAGCAUUCAAGAAUUCAGGGGCCUCUGGAAACGACUUCUCAUUUACCAGGAGAUUUUCCUGAAACAAGAGAGAAACCGAUCAGGAUAUCUGGAGUUGGGACAGCUUCGAGCUGCAGUACAAGAAGCAGGGAUCUUGCUUAGCGAUGAAGUCUGCAAUCUGAUGGCACUCCGAUAUGGCUAUCCUGAGCUGAAGAUUGGCUUUGAGAGCUUCGUCUACUUCAUGCUGCGAGUGGAGAGCAUGGAAGAUGUCUUUCAAAACUUAACCCAAGAUGGCAAGGGGAUAUACCUUCAAAAGCCCGAGGCAAGGAGAGGCUUCCCAGAUAAACUGCCCUGGCCAAUGGAGGAGAAGCCACUGAAUCCAAAUUUCUACCAGGGAAAGGGUCCGCUGAUGCCCCCGAUCCUUUUCUGCAUUAGGACACGUAUCUGAUUUCGAGGCUUAUAAAGUGGGCCCACUCUCCCUCGGUUGUC